AUGCCAGCUGCGCAGUUUAGCAGUGGCCGCCGUUGGAGGAGGAAAAAUCCGGCCAGAUUUGUGUUCUUUUUCCUAUGCUUAUGGAGUCUAAUCUCGCUAUCACGCGCUGGUAGGCUCUCUGCUUCUAGACAGAAGCUCGAAGUUCAGAAGCACUUGAAUAGACUCAACAAAACUCCUGUUAAAACCAUUCAGAGUCCAGAUGGGGAUAUCAUUGACUGUGUUCACAUCUCUCAUCAGCCAGCUUUCGACCACCCAUUCCUCAAAGACCACAAAAUCCAGACUAGGCCUAGCUACCAUCCAGAAAGGCUUUUUGAUGAGAAAAAAAUAUCCACAGAGCAUAAAGAAAGAGCAAAUGAUAUCACUCAGCUUUGGCAUAUGAAUGGUAAGUGCCCUGAGGACACCAUACCCAUAAGGAGAACAAAGAAAGAAGAUAUUUUGAGAUCAAGCUCUGUGAAAAGGUAUGGAAAGAAGAAACACAGAACCAUUCCCAAGCCAAGGUCUGCAGAUCCUGACAUCAUCAAGCAAAGUGGUCAUCAGCAUGCUAUAGCGUAUGUUGAAGGAGAAAAGUAUUAUGGAGCAAAAGCAACUAUUAAUGUGUGGGAACCCAAAAUACAACAGCCUAAUGAGUUCAGCCUGUCUCAGAUUUGGGUUUUGGGUGGUUCCUUUGGCGAAGAUCUUAACAGCAUUGAAGCUGGUUGGCAGGUCAGUCCAGAUCUCUACGGUGAUAACAACACUAGGCUCUUCACUUAUUGGACUAGUGAUGCAUAUCAAGCCACAGGCUGCUACAAUCUUCUUUGCUCUGGUUUCAUUCAAGUCAACAAUGAAAUAGCAAUGGGUGCAAGCAUCUCUCCAGUUUCUGCCUUUAGAAAUUCCCAAUAUGAUAUUAGUAUCCUUGUCUGGAAGGAUCCAAAAGAGGGAAACUGGUGGAUGCAGUUUGGCAGUAACUAUGUGUUGGGCUAUUGGCCGUCUUUCUUGUUCUCCUACUUAGCAGACAGUGCUUCCAUGAUUGAAUGGGGUGGAGAGGUUGUAAACUCAGAACCCGAUGGACAGCACACCUCGACUCAAAUGGGCAGUGGUCGUUUCCCAGAAGAAGGGUUUGGCAAGUCAAGCUAUUUCAGGAAUAUUCAAGUUGUUGACAGCUCCAACAAUCUAAAGGCUCCCAAAGAUCUUGGCACCUUCACUGAGCAAUCAAACUGCUAUGAUGUCCAAACAGGGAGUAAUGGAGAUUGGGGUCAUUACUUCUAUUACGGAGGUCCCGGUAGAAAUCCUAAUUGCCCAUGA